AGAACUGUCACUUUGCAGGACGGUCAGUUUGCAAGACGGUCAGUUUGUAGGACGGUCAAUUUGCAGGUCGGUCAGUUUUUAGGUCGGUCAGAUGGUAUACACCCUUGUCACUACAUUUUUCUACUUGUUUCUAUUAAACUAAAUUAUUAUCUUCAAAAACAAAGCAAUGGGUUUCUUCCUUGUUGAUCUUGAAUUGCUGCUUGCUGGAACCGUUAAACCCAAAGCUUCGAUGUGAUAUUUUAUUAAAAUUCCAAGUUGAAAAUUAGCUUUCAUAGUUUAGUAAUAUACUAAAAAACAUUUUGGCUUUUUAUGUGGUUAUGUGGUUAACAUAACAACAUAGUGCAAUAAGGUCCACCUUGUAUGAUGUGACUAUCUUAUUCAAUAUUUCUGGUUUUGAGGAAAGCAUUUGCCAAUCAUAUCAAACGUCUACCUUGUAUGAUGUGACUAUCCUCUUAUUCAAUAUUUGUGGUUUUGAGGAAAGCAUUUGCCCAUCAUAUCAAUUAGACCACUACCAGCCGAGACCACUACCGAGACCAGGAGCAGAGCAGCGAGCAGGCCAAUGAGGGAACCACGGCGAGACUAACCGCAACCUGAGGUGUCUUCCUUGUCUACUACCCAGCCGAUGCCUAGGAGGAACCGAGCCGGCCGCCGAAUCCAGAAGAGGAGGGCCCUACGUCGGCUUCGCCAGGUGGAGGAGAGGCUGAGGCUGUACACCGCCGCGCCAGCUGCGCCCCAAGACUUAGCGCCCCAGCCUAACAACUGGCGCGCGGUUCUGGAUGCGCGGGUUGGGUGCCGAACCGACAUCGGAGUGUGUGCAGCGGAAGCCUACGACCCUGCCUGCCCGGGGUUUGACCGAAGGCCCCUUCUAAACGAGGAAGUGGUCGAGGAGGUCCUCCCGGCGGAGAUUCGGCACGGCCUCUGGCUAGUAGAUCACCCGGUCAGCCCUCUCCGUAGCCCGGGUAAACCAGAGUGGAGACUGCGAACUAUUGACUUGAGCCCCUGCCGGCCUGCUCUCGCACCAGACGGACCUGCCCGGGACCCUCGCGCGGCGUGGUAUCGCGCCAGUCGACGACUACUAAACAUCUAGCCUGCCUUGGCCCCUUUUAGGGCCACCAGCAACAAUCUUGGUCCCCUUUCAGGGCCACCAGCAACAAACUUGGCCCUUUUCAGGGCCACCAAAAGCCAUUUUUUUCAGACAGUGGUAACAAACCCCUCGCUCAACCCGACUGACUAGCCCAAUUGAUGAACGAGCCACACCUUCCGCCAUAUCAACCUCCUGUGUGAAUUUAUAAUUUACAAAAGUAAUAUAUUCUGAUUUUUGUAAACAAUACCUUGACAGAAAUGAAAAUACAUUUGAAAGCUUAAAAAAUA